AUGACCGAAGCGACGCACCACCCUCUCUCUGGCUUAUGGCAGCCCACACAACUACAAAGGCUACAUUACGGUCCAGAUUCAGUAACGAAGCAUCUGGUUGCCUGCCUCCCAAAGACAUUCAGCAAGGCCUUUAUCAUUACGGGUACUUCGCUGGCUAGCAAGACUCCCUUGGUGAAGCAAGUCGAAGAGCUCUUGGGAGAAAAACAUGCCGGGACGUUCAGCAGGAUUGGCGAACAUGCACCUAUUGCCGAGCUUGAUGAAGCGACCGAGCUAGUGAAAAAAGAUGCAACUAUCGACACUAUCAUCUCCAUUGGCGGUGGAAGUCCCAUCGAUAGCGCCAAAGCCAUCAGCUAUCGUUUCCACGAAAAGACUGGAAAAUUUCUGUAUCAUAUCACUAUCCCCACCACUCUGGGUGCAGCUGAAUGCACCUUCAUAGCAGGCUACACAGCAGCCGAUGGAGUGAAGAUAGGCGUCAGAGCAAAAGAGCUUGUCCCAAGCGUCGUCAUCUAUGACUCCACAUUUGCUCUAUACACACCGGAGCGAUUAUGGACGAGCACUGGCAUACGCGCCAUGGACCAUGCUGUGGAAAUACUUUACCACCCCACCGCUUCCGAGAUCCCCGCGCGAUGGCUGGCGUUGCAGAGCGCAGCGAUUUUAUUCGAGGCAUUGCUCAAGUACAAACAAGAUCCCAAGGACGAGGAUAAUAUUACCAAGCUCCAACUGGCUGCUUAUGGAUCGCUAGGUUUUAUAGGGUACAACCUCGUAGGCGGCAUUGGACUCUCUCACGCCCUAGGCUACGCCCUUGGUUCUCCGUACAGCAUACCGCAUGGCAUUACGUCCUGCCUUACGCUCGGUCAUGUUGUCAAGCUGAAGGCCCAAGAUCCCGCUGCUGCAGAGCAAAUUGCCCGUCUUCUUCCGUUUAUUGGUGAAAGUGCUUCUGGAGACACCAAGGUGGAUGCGGAAGUUGUCGGAGAUAGGAUUUUGAAGCUGGUCAAGGACUUGGGAUUGGAUAAUGAUCUGAGUAACUACAAGGUUGGCAGAGAUCAGAUUCCUAUUAUCAUGGAAAGAGCGACGGGUGGGAUGAAGGACGGUCCUGUUUAUGAUGCUGUCGAGGGUUUGGUGAAAGGGUUGUUUGCGUGA